AUGGCCAUAGAUCUCAACAUAGUACCAGAUGAAGGAGAUGGAGAGUUGGCCAUAGAUCUCAACAUAGUACCAGAUGAAGGAGAUGGAGAGUUGGCCAUAGAUCUCAACACAGUGCCAGAAGGAGACGGAGAGUUGGCCAUAGAUCUAAACAUAGUUCUUGUUGAAGAAGAUGAAGAAGACUUACCUGACCUAAAUGCAGAACCUGCACAUGUGGAAGGCGUUGAAACCCAUCAUCCUCAGGAUCAAGAUCAAGUCCAUCUCCUCCAAGAGGAUGAAGUACAUCGACACCAUGAAGAUCAGGUCCACUAUCUGCAGGAAGAUGAACAGGUUGGUGUGCAUGGCAUUGAUCUCAACAUCGCUGCUUGUGAGGGACAACCACCACAUGAAGUCCUUGCUGUUGAAAAAGACCAACAACACCAUGGAGAUAUCAGCUUUCAUGGUGCAUAUGAACAAGAUGAAUUUGACCUCAACUCACAAAUUUUUGAUCAGCAACAAGAGAUGGAACAAAUGAUCGACAUGAUCGAGGACAUGCAUGAGUAUGGUGUGUACACUGAUGCCGUGGACAUAACCUUCGAUGUUGACGAGUUGGAGGACUCAGAUGUUGAUGAAGAUGAACAUGCAAAUGAAAAUAAUACACAUCAUCACACAAAUUUGACAGAUCUUCAAAGACAGCAAAUAUAUGAAGCACUACUUGAGAGAAGCAACCGUGGAAGAUUACAAAAGAACAGUACAAAUAUAGUUGCUCAGAUGUUCCAGCGGACAUUGCCAAAUGAACCCAUGUUCAGUGAAAUGAAAAACAUUAUUCACAUGGACGAGAAGUGGUUCAACACCACAUCGAAGUACACAACGUAUUAUAUGCUUCCAGAUGAGAACGACCCACAUAGGACUGUGCGCAAUAAGAAUGCCAUUGACAAAGUAAUGUUCUUAUCAGCGGUAGGAAGGCCUAUAUAUGAUGAUGAAGAUAAUUGUAUUUUUGAUGGGAAGCUAGGAGUGUGGCCAUUUGUUAGAAAGGAAAAAGCAAAAAGAAGGAGCCACAAUAGAGGGAGGGGGCCGAAGUCACCAAGCCUAUUAAGGUAG